AUCUAAGCUGACUUUCGCAUCACUUGCCGCAGCCGAGAUGUCGAAAACAGUUCUAUUGCUAACUACUUUCCUGCAACUACAAGUGACGUAUACUUUUAAUAGCCAAAGCCGUCUCGAGUUUGCUUGGAAUUUCUUCAAUACAAUUACGUUGUUUCAGCCAUAUGAGAAUUUAAUCGUUUCUCCCGUAUCGGUGCAGACAUGUCUGGCGAUGACGUACAUGGGAGCGGAGGGUCAAACUGCAGCUGAGAUGCGCCAAGUGCUCGCUUUGGAACAGUUUGCGCGUAAGGAGGAUGUGGCAUAUGAUUUUGGCGAAUUUAUCCAAGCAAACAUUAAAUCUGCACAGAGUAAAUUAGAAAUGGCUAAUCGCAUUUACGUGGAUAGACGUUUUCACGUGUUGCCCGGAUACAAUGAGUUAAUCAGCAGUUAUUUCCAAUCAACAGUGGCAUCAGUGGAUUUCUCAAAGAAUAUACAAACGGCACAGGACAUUAAUGAGUGGGUCAAGUGGCAGACCCAUGGGAAGAUACAAAGUCUCAUGCAGCCAACUGAGCUGACAAGCGACACAGGAAUAGUGUUGGUGAAUGCUAUCUACUUCAAGGCGGAAUGGUUGUAUCCAUUCGAUACAAGGUACACAAUUCCACGAGAUUUUCAUUUGAACUCGUUAGUGACCAAACAGGUGCCAAUGAUGUACCGCACGAAUAUGAAGGUACGCUACAGCGAGGUACUAGCGCUCCAACUGGUGGCGGCCGAAUUUCUCUAUAAAGAUACAGACCUGCGUAUGUUGAUACUGAUGCCAAACCAAUUGGAUGGUGGGGUGGCAGCAUUGGAACAGACAUUGAGUGCCAGCGUAAUUCAGCUGGUGCAGCAAUCCUUGAGGGAAGUGCAAAUGGAUGUAGUGAUGCCAAAGUUUAGAAUUGAAUUCGAUUUGAAUUUGGUUGAGCCGCUGAGGGUGAUGGGUUUAAGUUUAUUAUUUUAUGAUGCUGAACUUCCUAAUAUGGUGACUGGCGCUACAGGGCCUCUCUAUGUGUCAGAGGUUAAACACAAAGCCUACAUUUCGGUGGACGAAAAAGGCUCGGAGGCAUCGGGCUUCACAUACACACAAAUAUUAGAGAAGUCAGGGCGUUUCUUCGAGCCCAACUUGAAAGUCGAUCGCCCCUUUGUGUUUGCCAUAUUAGAUGAUAAAGCGGUCUACUUCAUCGGUCAUGUGCUGAAAUUGUAAGGCGAAUGAUUUAUGGUUUUGAAAUCGGUGAAAUGGCGCCAACUCGGUAAAUUUGGGCGACCAAAUUAGGUUGCAUAGAAGUAGAAAAAAUUAAAAUUUCCAGCCGCAUUAGCAGCGGUGAUUAGACUCACAUAACAAAUGGAGAAGCAAAGAAUUAGAAGAAUAAAAGCAUACAGAA